AUGACGCUCGAUGCCGCAAACAACAUCAUAGCCAAUGCCCACCGCGCCUUCCACAACCACGAGAUCCCCCAACUGGACUUUGUCCGCAUACGACAGGACAUAGAAGCCCUGUUGGCUCGCAAGAAUGCCAAGAGUUUGGUCGACAUGGAGGCUCAAAUCCCCCAUCCACGAUAUCACCACCCAAUUGCACCGCUUGUCGCCGAAGCAGAUCCCGCCUUCCUAUCUUCGUCGCACGAAGAUGCCUAUCUUACUCGACUUGACAACAAGCUAGAACCCGUCGCUCUUGGCGAGCCUCGCCCGUCCUCACCCCAACCCCUUUCCAAGCUCACUCAGCGCGAAUUGGACCGCGAGGUCGAACUACGCAACCCUCUAUCCGUCCACAACUGGCUCAAGAAACACAGCACAAUGUCCGACGUCGACGGCGCUUCAGAAGGUGGUGCCGCUAACGCUCAAACCCCUGCGACAGCCAACAAGCGCCGCAACCUUGCCAAGCAAGUUGGCGAUAGAGCAAUCGAACGCGCUAGAGAAAAGGAGGGAAGUCCGGGGAGCACUGUGGACAACGAAGACGAGCUUGCUACCGACGAUACACCGGGCAAGCCGAAAAAGCCCAGGGAUGACGACCAAACGUACCGGCCAAAGGGCGGCCGGAGCAAAAGCAAGCGAAAGAGAGACGAGGGUGAAAACACGCCUGCUCGGGGCAAGAAGCAGAGGACAAGCCUCAACAUCCCUUCAGAUGCAUGA